AUGCCGGGCUUCUCGCAGGCCACCGAACUCAACGCAUGGCAGGCUCUGGUUAACCACCACGACAAGGUGGGCCGCAACCUCGUCCUCAAAGAAUGCUUCGCCCAAGACCCUCAACGGUUCGAGAAGUUCAAGAGAGUGUUCAAGAACACUGCCGACAACUCCGAGAUCUUGUUUGACUUCUCCAAGAACUUCUUGACCGAAGAAACCCUCAAGCUCCUGAUCGAUCUGGCCAAGGAAGCCAAGCUCGAGGAGUUGCGGGAUCAGAUGUUUGCUGGCGAGAAGAUCAACUUCACGGAAAAGAGAGCGGUCUAUCAUGUCGCCCUACGAAACGUCACGAAUCAGCCCAUGGCUGUGGACGGCAAGAGUGUGGUGGAGGAGAACAACGCUGUCUUGGAGCACAUGAAAGAGUUCUCUGAACAGAUCCGAAGUGGUACUUGGAGAGGUUACACCGGCAAGAAGUUGACUACCAUCAUCAAUAUUGGUAUUGGUGGCUCUGACCUCGGCCCUGUCAUGGUCUCGGAAGCCUUAAAGCCAUAUGGUGACAGAGCCAUGACACUGCACUUUGUCUCCAACAUCGACGGCACGCAUAUUGCUGAAGCCCUCCACGACGCCGACCCAGAGACCACCUUGUUCCUGGUUGCGUCCAAGACCUUCACCACGGCCGAGACCACGACCAACGCGAAAACGGCCAAGAAAUGGUUCUUGCAAUCUGCAAAGGAAUCCGACAUCGCCAAACACUUUGUCGCAUUGUCCACCAACAAAGAGGAGGUGUCCAAAUUCGGCAUCGACACCAAGAACAUGUUUCCCUUUGAGAGCUGGGUCGGGGGCAGAUAUUCCGUCUGGUCGGCGAUCGGGCUGUCUGUGUGCCUGUACAUCGGAUACGACAACUUCCGCGAGUUCCUCGCCGGAGGACAUGCUAUGGACCAUCACUUCAAGACCGCGCCUCUGGAACAGAACAUUCCCGUCAUUGCCGGUCUCCUGAGUGUCUGGUACGCGGAUUUCUACGGCGCCCAGACCCAUCUCGUCGCUCCCUUCGACCAAUACAUGCACCGGUUCCCGGCCUACCUGCAGCAGUUGACCAUGGAGUCCAACGGCAAGGCAGUGACCCGAACGGGCGAGUAUGUCAAAUACACGACGGGAUCCAUCUUCUUCGGUGAACCCGCCACCAACGCCCAACAUUCAUUCUUCCAACUGUUGCACCAGGGCACCAAACUCAUCCCGGCCGACUUCAUCCUGGCUGCCAACUCCCACAACCCCGUGGAAGGAGGCCUGCAUCAGCGCAUGCUGGCGUCCAACUUCCUCGCCCAAGCCGAAGCUCUCAUGAUCGGCAAGACCCCCGAACAGGUCAAGGCCGAAGGGGCUCCGGAUGAGUUGGUGGCCCACAAGACCUUCCUGGGCAACCGACCCACGACCAAUAUCCUGGCCGAGAAGAUCACCCCGGGAACGCUGGGUGCGUUGAUCGCUUACUACGAACACAUGGUCUUUACGGAAGGUGCCAUCUGGAACAUCAACAGCUUCGACCAGUGGGGUGUGGAGCUCGGCAAGGUCCUGGCCAAGAAUAUCCAGAAGGAGCUUGAGACCGAGGGUGCGGGUGAUGACCACGACUCUUCCACGGCGGGUUUGUUGGCUGCUUUCAAGGCCAAGAACGGUCUGAAAUGA